AUGUCAACCAACCUCCAAGGCAAAGUCGUCGUCGUCACCGGCGCAGGAGGCGGCAUGGGCCUCGAAACCUCCAAAAUGCUCGCCGCCCGCGGCGCCAAAGUCUCCAUGGCCGACGUCCAAAAAGAAACCCUCUUCGCCGCCGCCGCAGACAUCGAAAAGGCCGGCGGUCAGGUCAUGGCCCGCGUCGUCGACGUUACCAGCCGCGCCUCCGUCGAGGCUUGGAUCAACGAGACCGUCGAUAAGUGGGGCAAGCUGGACGGCGCCGCUAACCUGGCGGGCAUCCUGCCGAGGGGGUUCGGCCGGGAUACCGUCGAAGAAGUCGACGACGAUGACUGGGACCGCGUCCUGGCCGUUAACCUUACGGGGACCAUGUACUGUAUGAGGGCCGAGCUGAGGAACAUGAACGAGGGUGGUAGUGUUGUUAAUAUUUCGAGUAUUGCCGGGUUGAUGGGCAUUCCGCGCAACUCGUCGUACGGGGCUUCCAAGUUUGGGGUUAUCGGACUAACUAAGUGUGCGGCGACGGAGGUUGGUCCGACUAAGAGUAUCAGGGUGAAUUGCAUUGCACCGGGAACCAUCGCAACUCCUAUGUAUGAGCAAGUCAAGACCUAUCGCGGUGGGAAACCCAUAGAAGAGAUCCAGCAGAUUAAGCGCGAUGGAAGGCCCGACGAGAUUGCCUCUGCGGUUUGUUGGUUGUUGUGCGACGAGUCGUCCUAUAUCACGGGGCAGGUUCAAAAUGUUUGUGGCGGAUAUAUCUGCUAA